AUGUUUGUUUUGAAAUGGGAUGGGAAGGCCGGAGAAGACGAAAGUGCGGAGCGCACUGAGAGGCACCCUGUGUAUUAUGUUAUCUUGGAGUAUCUGCUGCCCGUUGCCGUUCAUUUGCUGCUCUUCAGAGCAGAUCUGCGUUGCAUCCUACAGUCCAUUGGGACGCUGCUUUUGGUCUUCUUGCUUGGAUCAGGUCUCAAAGUUCGGUUAUGUAAAAGUGGAGAAGCUUAUGAAUGUCGAAUGAUACUCCCAUGUGAUGCACAUCAGCUCCACGGUUACGGGGGAGUUGUUGGAUCAUCUAACUGGCUGUAAUGUUGGAACAUAAUCUAUUGUUGCAGUUUGAUGUAGACCAAUGUAUUUGGAAAAGUUGCACCAGUCCUCUAUCUAGACCAGUGUAUUUGGAUGUAAGCUAUUGCAGAUUGCAAUUUGUUAUUGAUUGUGCUUAAAGAUGAACUUCAUUUCUCUGGCCUACUGAUCACAGUCUAUGAAGGGAAACAACUUUUUGAAUUUGGGCUCACAUAAUAAGAUCUUGCCUUGUAUUGUUGUGGAUGAUUCGCAAAGAACAACACUUAACAAUUGCCCGAUGCAAAAAUGAAGAAAUUUACAGAAGAUGCUAUCAAAUUCAAAAUGGAUGACAGUAUGUGGAUUCAUAAUUUUCACAUUAUCCUUUGUGUUUAUGUUUUAAUUGACAUGAGCAUAAAGUUUGAAGUUUACUGUUUUUCUUUGGUUUUACUAUGAAUGAAGCAUACCUUCAAUGUCAUGAUAUUUCCUUUCCUGGCUUUUUGCAUUUGCUGAACUGUCCGACUUUGAUGAUGAGAAGGUACAUGUUGAUUUCCCUAUAUUUGGUAUUUGAAGAUGGGCACUAUGAGUUGCUGCUGAUGUAUUUAAUUAUUUCAUAAGUUUUGUUUAUUGAUUUAUUGCCUAAAAAAAUGUAUCUGCCAUUUGGGGGUACCAUUUGUCGGCACUAACUAAAGCCAGGCAUUGG